ACACAUGUGUACAGAUGAAUCAAUCAGCGAUGUACAAGGAGUGUUUCUUGACGGAUUCGUACCUGGCAACACAGGCAUCACCUGUAACUGUUCACUUCAGGCAACAACAACACUUCAGAUUGGAAUUAGUCAGGCUUCAAUUCCAGAACAAAUGUGUGGAUCUUCAGCAACAACGUACAUCCGUAUAUAAUUGUAGAACUGGUGGAUAUGUACCGACAUUAGAGAGAACUAUUGAUGAGAAAGGGGCCUCAAUUACUGUGGAAACUAGUGCGACACACAGCGUGAAUAUCACUUACUGCAUCAACUUCUACAUCAGAGUUGGUUCAGGUAGUUUGAGUCUUCAGUUUUAUUCGUCAGAAGACAAAACCACAGUCCCGAUGGCGACACAGUCAACGACCAAGACAAUCCCCGUGACGAAGACAGAUACACCAUCAGACUGUACCUGCACCGAUAUGCUCAGUACGUUCCGUAAAUGUCCGUUGUCAAUCGGCAAACACUGAUCUCUUGUCUGGGACAAGUUAUGCUG